AUCAGCCGAACAAGGAACAAAUCGAUGCAGGAGGGGUCCUCGUGGGUUCUGUGUGGGGGGACGAGCACGGGGUGUGUAUUCAGAACAUAGGUAACAGUGGAGGCAAGCACGCAGGAAAGAGUUUAUGGAUUGGGGCUCGGGGCGCCAUCUGGGGGUGCCGAGUUCGAUUGUUCUGGCCUGGCCAUGGCGCCUCUCCUCCCCCCCGCCAUGGCUCCCCGUGUCCCUGCUCCUCUCCUCUCAGUGAGCGAAAGUGGCCGCCGCCGCCGUCCCAGCGCCCGCAGCCGCCGACUCCUCCUCAGCAGCAAUAGCGCGGGCGCCAUCUUGACGAGGCAGAAGCCGAGAGGCACCGCGGAAGGACACAAGCACCGCCAUCGCAGUGCAGGGCGAGAGGCCGAGAGCAAAAGCGGAGCGGGCAAGUCGGGAGCCACCCCCGGCCCCAGCCGGGCCGCGCACCCAGAUCCACUGCUGGCUUCAGACACAUGACAAAAAGAAAGAAAGAAAAGCCCACCACCACUGAGCCCCUCAACCCUGAAGACAGCAAGUACAAUUUUUUGUGGCUGUGUGGUAGGAGGCGCCUGUGCAUGAGGAGAGGCUUAUUCUAUGGCCUCAGAGCUGGGUGCAAGAGAGGAUGGCAACUGCACAGAGCUGGCAACGCCCCUCUAUCUGCGUUAUCUGGAGAAAGCUCUGCGAUUGGAUCAUUUUCUGCGACAGACCUCCGCCAUUUUCAAUAGGAGUGUAUCCAGUGAUGAAAGUGAAGAUGGACUGGAUGACAAUCCUCUGCUCCCUCAGCCUGGGGGUCCCUUGAUGCAAGUUAAAGAAGAGCCUACAAGUUCAUUGCUUGGGGAAUCUUCUGGAGCAGGAAGUUCAGGAAUGUUAAACACACAUUCACUCAAUGGAGUGUUACAAUCUGAGCCAAAAAUAGAAAAAGGGAGUCUAUAUAAUUUUUCCAAAUUGAAGAAAAGUAGAAAAUGGCUAAAGAGCAUUCUCCUGAGUGAUGACUCUAGUGACAGUGAGUCAGCAGCUGAUGAAGAUGAGGAAGGCGAGGAGUUUACACUUUCUAGAGAAGAACUACACAACAUGCUGCGAUUACACAAGUACAAGAAACUGCAUCAAAGUAAAUACAGUAAAGACAAAGAGUUACAGCAGUACCAGUAUUACAGUGCAGGUUUGCUCUCCACACAUGAUCCUUACUAUGAGCAACAGCGCCAUCUUGUAGGACCCAAGAAAAAGAAGUUUAAAGAGGAAAAAAAACUAAAAGCCAAGUUGAAAAAAGUGAAAAAAAAGAAGCGACGGGAUGAAGAACUCUCUUCUGAGGAGUCUCCACGACGUCAUCACCACCAGACCAAAGUUUUUGCCAAGUUUUCUCAUGAUACCCCUCCACCAGCAUCCAAGAAAAAACAUUUAUCCGUUGAACAGCUGAAUGCUCGCCGACGGAAAGUAUGGCUGAGCAUUGCUAAAAAGGAGCUGCCAAAGGCAUACAAACAAAAAGUCUCAGCUCGAAACCUGUUUUUAAGCAACAGCAGAAAGCUGGCUCACCAGUGUAUGAGAGAGGUCCGUCGAGCAGCUAUCCAAGCCCAAAAGAACUGCAAGGAGACUCUCCCACGGGCACGACGCCUUACGAAGGAGAUGCUGCUUUACUGGAAGAAAUAUGAGAAAGUGGAGAAGGAACACCGCAAGAGAGCAGAGAAAGAGGCACUGGAACAGCGCAAGCUAGAUGAGGAGAUGAGAGAGGCUAAGAGGCAGCAGAGAAAACUCAACUUCCUGAUUACCCAAACGGAAUUGUAUGCCCACUUUAUGAGCCGCAAGCGAGAUAUAGGACAUGACGGAAUCCAGGAGGAAAUUUUAAGGAAACUUGAAGACAGUUCUAUCCAGAGACAAAUUGAUAUUGGUGGAGGAGUCGUGGUCAACAUCACCCAGGAGGAUUAUGAUAGCAGCUACUACAAGGUUCAGGCUUUGAAGAAUGCAGAAGAUGCCUUCCGAAUUCAUCAAGCCCAGACUCGAUCAUUUGACGAAGAUGCUAAGGAGAGUCGGGCAGCAGCACUCCGGGCUGCCAACAAAUCCGGCACUGGCUUUGGAGAGAGCUACAGCCUUGCAAAUCCAUCCAUCCGGGCUGGAGAGGACAUUCCACAGCCUACCAUUUUCAAUGGUAAACUGAAAGGUUACCAGUUGAAAGGCAUGAACUGGUUGGCCAACCUUUAUGAACAGGGCAUCAAUGGAAUCCUGGCAGACGAAAUGGGCCUGGGUAAAACAGUGCAGAGUAUUGCCUUGCUAGCACAUCUGGCUGAGAGAGAGAACAUCUGGGGACCCUUUUUAAUUAUUUCUCCGGCUUCCACACUAAACAACUGGCAUCAGGAAUUUGCCAGAUUUGUUCCUAGAUUUAAGGUGCUACCUUACUGGGGAAAUCCCCAUGAUCGAAAAGUGAUCAGGAAAUUCUGGAGUCAGAAAACUUUGUAUACUCAGGACGCUCCUUUCCAUGUGGUAAUCACCAGUUAUCAACUUGUAGUCCAAGAUGUGAAAUAUUUUCAACGGGUUAAGUGGCAAUAUAUGGUGCUGGAUGAGGCACAGGCACUCAAAAGUAGCUCCAGUGUCCGCUGGAAAAUUUUACUUCAGUUCCAGUGCCGAAAUAGACUAUUGCUAACUGGGACUCCUAUUCAAAACACCAUGGCUGAGCUCUGGGCUUUGCUACAUUUUAUCAUGCCAACAUUGUUUGACUCGCACGAGGAAUUCAAUGAGUGGUUUUCUAAAGAUAUCGAAAGCCAUGCAGAGAACAAAUCUGCCAUUGAUGAGAAUCAGUUAUCACGCUUGCAUAUGAUCCUGAAGCCUUUCAUGCUAAGAAGAAUAAAGAAAGAUGUAGAAAAUGAGCUGUCAGACAAGAUUGAGAUACUAAUGUAUUGUCAACAGACUAGUCGGCAGAAAUUAUUGUACCAAGCUUUGAAGAACAAAAUUUCUAUUGAUGACCUUUUGCAGUCUUCCAUGGGCACUACUCAACAAGCACAGAACACUACCAGUAGUCUCAUGAACCUAGUCAUGCAGUUCAGGAAGGUGUGCAAUCAUCCAGAACUCUUUGAAAGACAAGAAACUUGGUCUCCAUUUCACGUUUCACUAAAGCCAUACCAGAUUUCAAAAUUUAUCUAUCGUCACGGGCAGAUCAGGUUGUUUAAUCACUCACGAGACAGGUGGUUGCAGUUUUUGCUUUCUCCUUUUGCUCCAGACUACAUCCAGCAGUCUCUCUUCCAUAGGAAGGGCACCGAGGAAGAAAGUUGUUUCUCUUUUCUACGAUUUAUUGAUGUUUCUCCAGCAGAGAUGGCAAACCUCAUGCAUCAGGGACAUCUAGCGAGAUGGUUAGCUCUUUUCCUGUCUCUGAAAGCCACCUAUAGGCUCCACCACUUGCGCUUCUGGACAGAGCCAGAAGAUCACCACCACAAGUCUCAAUGUCUGAAGAACAAAGAUUUAUUGCUGGAUGUCAAUUUUACACUCUCUCCUCCCAAUUUGCACAGCUGUACUUUGCUGCAGAACCUUGUGUUCACGAACCACUGUAAAGCAGUAAUUGGCUAUUCUGAUUACAUCGUUCAUCAACGAUCACCUACCUCAUGGAAACAGUGUUGUCAAAUCACAGAGCUGCCGUCCUUCCUGACUGUAAUCAGCCCAAGGGUAACGGCUGUGCCACUGGAUUUCUACUGCAACGAUCGGAGUGCAGAAUAUGAGCGCAGAGCACUUAAAGAAGGAGGAAGCCUUGAAGCAAAGCAAUGUAUAUUGCAUGGGACACCUGAACUAGCAGUUGGCUGGCUAAAACGGUGCUCUCAGUUCUUCCCAGAACAUCCAGGAGGCUUGUUAGGGGUCAGACCUCAAAAUGGCUGGUCUUUCAUCAGGAUACCAGACAAAGAGAGUCUGAUCACAGACAGCGGAAAGCUUUAUGCCCUUGAUGUUCUGCUGACAAGAUUGAAAUCUCAAGGCCACAGAGUCCUUAUCUACUCUCAGAUGACACGAAUGAUUGACUUGCUGGAGGAAUACAUGGUUUACAGGAAACAUACAUACAUGCGGCUAGAUGGCUCUUCAAAAAUAUCUGAAAGAAGGGAUAUGGUAGCUGACUUUCAGAACAGGAAUGAUAUCUUUGUCUUCUUGUUAAGCACAAGAGCUGGUGGCUUAGGCAUUAACCUUACAGCUGCUGAUACGGUAAUUUUCUACGAUAGUGACUGGAAUCCAACAGUGGAUCAACAAGCCAUGGAUCGAGCUCACAGGCUAGGUCAGACAAAGCAGGUCACUGUGUACCGGUUGAUUUGUAAAGGCACCAUCGAGGAGCGCAUCUUGCAGAGGGCCAAGGAGAAAAGUGAGAUUCAAAGGAUGGUGAUCUCCGGUGGCAAUUUUAAACCAGAUACCUUGAAACCCAAGGAGGUGGUUAGUCUGCUGCUGGAUGAUGAGGAGCUUGAGAAAAAGUUGCGUCAGCGUCAGGAGGAGAAGCGGCAGCAGGAGGAGACAAAUCGUGUAAAAGAGCGUAAACGAAAGAGGGAGAAAUAUGCUGAAAAGAAAAAGAAGGAAGAUGAGUUAGAUGGGAGAAAAAGGAAAGAGGGCAUGAAUCUGGUGAUCCCAUUUGUUCCAUCUGCAGAUAACUCCAAUCUGUCAGCUGAUGGGGAUGAGUCAUUUGUUAGUGUAGACUCUGCUAUGCCUAGCCCGUUCAGUGAGAUCUCCAUCAACAGUGAGUUGCACAUGGGAUCCAUUCCUCCUGAUGAGAGCAGCAAUGACAUGCUGGUGAUUGUAGAUGAUCCAGCAUCUUCAGCACCUCAGUCAAGAGCCACAAACUCUCCUGCUUCCAUCACUGGCUCAGUCUCUGACAACAUGAAUGGAAUUUCAAUACAGGAUAUGCCUGUCACAGGAAGAGGUCAUUCAGGUAGAAGCCGGGGUCGCCCCAAGGGUUCAAACAGCGGAUCAAAAAACACAGGGAAAGGCCGGAGCCGGAAAUCAACAGCAGGAAGUGCAGCGGCCAUGGCAGGUGCUAAAGCAGGGGCAGCUGCCGCCUCUGCAGCAGCAUAUGCAGCGUAUGGGUACAAUGUGUCUAAAGGUAUGUCUUCAGGCAGUCCUCUCCAGACACCGCUUAUCCGACCUGCUGGACUUGCAGACUUUGGACCGUCAAGCGCCUCUUCUCCCUUGAGCAAAGGAAACAAUGUUUGUGGAACCUCCAAAACCUUAAACCUGACAGGUUCCUUGGCACAAGAAACCCCAAUCCGAAAACAGUACAAGGGAGCCCACGCCUCAGGUGGGCGGUAGUAAUUUUGAAUCCUUGGAACCUACCUAUGUCCAUAUCGGCUUUCUAAGCAGGCCACGCCUACCAGCAAAAGGGUAUACAGAUGAUGCCUUGUUUCCAUCCCAUAUGUGGGUGUGAAGAGAAGAUUACUGCACUACUGGGGCAACAGGUGUACUGUGUGCACUUUCAUAUGUUGCCCAGGUUUACUACAUUUGCAGAUUUGUGAGGAGGGACAGAGACUUCGGGUGCUUGAGCUUAACUUUUCCUUUAAGUUUUUUUCUGGCAUCCUACAAAUCAUGCGCGGAAAGGAUCCAGCUUCAAUGUGAGACUGGCUGCAGGAUCUCCCCUUUUAUUUGUACUCACACCAGCGCCCUCGACCUUCGUCUUUCAGGUUUCAUGUGGAAUUCAGCCCCAUUCUUGUAAUGAGAUCAGUAUCUAAACUUUGGGGGUGCCCUACAGAUUCAGAGGAGGCUUCUGGUCAGUGCACCUAUUUGGGGAAGCUGUGGAGAAAUAACUUGGUGGUUCUUUCUAAUGUGUGUGAAUGGUGGAUACCAUAAAGAACAGAUUUCAGUGGAAGGGAGAAGAGUUUUGCACUGUGUCCUAGAAAAGGUCUUUUGUUACUAUCAUACUUCUGAACAACUAGAGUACUGUUUGGUUGGUUAAAAUCACAUUAGGACAGAUUAGAGCUUUUGAGAAUGAUGUUGCUGUCUCUGCAUCACAUGGGGGAGCGGGGACCACUUUAAAAUGCCAUUCUACAUCGCAGUACCCAAGCUCAGAUGCAUUUACUUACAUAGCAUCGGGUUUUACGUACAGUUUUUUGCAGUCAUCUUAUAUGGGAAUCUUAACGGUUUAGAAUAAAAAGUCAGCCAUUUUGUGUGACAUUUUUAACAAGAAGGAAUUUAAGUAGGGAGAAAAGAUCACCACUUUUCCUCUCACUGUGCCAUAGAUGAGCUAUUUUGAAUUUUUUUUUUUUUUAAGGUGCUGCUGUUUGCCAUACCACAAAAGACAAGCAGGGGGGAAAGGGCCAUUCUCCACUUCCAUGCAAUCCCCAAUAAAAGCAAUGUCUCUCAUUCUGUGUUCUUUUUUUAAACAAGUCUUAUUUGUCAGCAGUUUCCACACCCAGCAGGCUAGGAUUGCUCUCAUGGUGAAGCAAAGCUCUGUGAAAAUUGUUAAAGAGCAGCAAUGACAUGAGUGCAGCGUUUUGUUCUGGUACUCCAUUGUGAAUGCACAAGAAUCCUCUGUUCGGCAUGGUAUAGAUAUACUGUCUGCGUUGCACUGAGAUGAAGGAGGGAGGCAGUUCCCCUGCCUUCACAUUGACAUUAAGUGAGAAUUCUUUAUGGGCAUUUUCAUCCUUCAAGGGAGAACCAGGUUACGAGGUGAAGAUCUUAGCUAAGAAAGCAAAGGUUUUUCAGUCUCAUGCACCUUGCCUGGCAUCCCACAGUGUAGAGCAAGUGCUUCCUGUUGACUCUGCCUCUAAUUUGCACACCUGAAAAUAGCAGAAAUGAGUUCAGUUAGAUUGAUUGAUUUUUUAAAAAAACAGAUUUGGAGGGGGAUAAUUGGGAGGGGAGGUGAUAUUUAAGUUAAAUCAUGAAGAUUUUACCCCUCCCCCUCAGAUUCACAUGUGUAUAUACAGUGUUUAGAGGGAAUCAGAAAAAUGCCAAGCCUUUUUUUCCUCUUUGAAUGUGCUGUCUAUUUUUAUAACUGAACUUGUAUAUAUGUAUAAAAAGAGACACAUCUUUCUUUUACUAACUGGAGAAAAGAAUCUUAAAUAAAAUGGAGUGAGAUAAUUUUAUGUAAA